CGCGUGUGCUCCGGAAGUGGAAGGGCCGGGUUGGGGCGGUGAGGCUAUGGCGCGGGAGAAGGAGCAGGAGCCGGCGGCUGAUGCCGAGGGAACUCCCGAGCGCUCCUACCGGGAGCAGCUCGACUACUUGAACCCCAUCGCUCAGCCGCUCGCCUCCCGCAAGUUGACGCGCAGGCUGUACAAGUGCAUCAGGAAAGCGGCCAAGCACAAACAGAUCCGCCGCGGCGUGAAGGAGGUCCAGAAGUUCAUCAACAAAGGCGAGAAGGGGAUCAUGGUGCUGGCCGGCGAUACGCAGCCCAUCGAUGUAUACUGCCACAUCCCUAUCAUGUGCGAGGACAGGAGCAUCCCCUACGCGUAUGUCCCUUCCAAAUCGCCUUGCGCUGUUCCUGCAGGACCUGGGAGCCGCAGCUGGCUCGAAGCGCCCGACAUGCGUUAUCAUGAUCAAGCCCCAUGAGGAGUACCAGGAGGCCUAUGAUGAGUGCUUGGAGGAGGUGGCAGCCCUACCCCUGCCGCUGUGAAGACCUGGGGAUGGACAAUGGCAGGUCCCUGCUGCGCGUUGGUGAGGACGCUGCUGAGGGCAAAGACUGGGAGGGGGUGAACACUAAAGCUGAAUAAAGGUGUUUGUGAGAUGUUUGUAA